AUGAUCCAGAUCCUGCGGAAUGGCAUUGACAUAGACAGGCACCACAUCAAAGGCAUCUACAUAUGCAUGGUCGGCAAGGAUAGCUCGGACGCCAAGGAUAGCGAGCAGUCCGGGAAUGCCAUGGCGGGUGUCAUUUGCACCCUGCGGGAGGGCGAGCCGCAGAACGAAGAUUGGACGGGGGAAGGCGAAGAGGCCUCCUCAGCUUGGCGUGGGACCACCAUCACUGCGCGCAGCAAGAGCGGCACCAAGUACAGCCCCAUCACCGUGUCAUACCAAGAUUGCCACAUGACUUUUCGGCCGUGGGACCCGGAGUCGUGCGCGCUGGCGGCAGCCAUCCACAACCGCAUCAUCCACUUCCCCAUCCGUCCGAAGAGCAUCGUCUUCGCCCUGGGGUGCUCUCUCCAGACCUUGAGCCACAUCUCGGACACUCUUGGUCCGAAGGGGCGCCUGAUCGGCGUCAUGCACGACAAGCAGCUACAGCCCUGCCCUCCGGAGAG